UAUGGAAAUAAAAUGGAAAUGGAGUGUACCAAAUAAGAUAAACGAUUAACUGGAAAACAGGGCUUAUCAAAUGGAAAACUAUAAUUGGGCAUUAGGCAGCAGUGCCACCUCAGUUGGGUGAUGAAAUGGACGCGAUAUUGAUGGUGGAAAAAUCGGAAGUCCCCGGCAUCGCUAUACAAUGCGAACUGUUGCUGCCCAAUGGACAUUUGCAAAGGACUUUUGAAUUUGACAUAGCGAGUAUUGGACUCCGACGUCGUCUGGUGCGCCGCUUCUACGGAAUACUAAUUCUACAAGUGUUUUGUACUUUGCCCUGUCUGGAGUUGUUGCUAAGAUAUCCUCUGCCUUACAAUUAUGUAAUGCCCAUAUCCAUGGUAUUAACUAUGUUUCUGUAUACCUGCUUUUAUGUUUGGCGGGAUUGGAGGAGAUUCGCCCCUUAUAACUACUUGGUACUACUUUUAAGUACAUUCAUUGGGUCAUUUAAUAGGAGUGUAUAUCUACUUAAUUUGGUGCAAUCACAUUGGGUCUAUGUUUAUCCCGUCAUCUUAAUCCUGGAGCUUUUAGCCCUAAUGUUGUACUCCGCCCAGGAGCGCUUCCGGUUCACCCAGAUUCGUGGGAUUUCCAUAAUCUGCCUGGUCUUUGGAUUGUUUCUACUGCUGGCUUACCGCAUCGACCGUAUGGUGGAGGUCUUUUCCGGAAUGGCCUGCACUGUGGAGGCGUGGUACGUCAUUUACGACACCCACUACAUGCUGUGCGGUCGGCAUGGCUACAAUAUUGGACCCCAGGAGUAUGUUUUUGCCGCCUGCAACAUUCACUGCGAUGUGCCAAAAGGGGUCUGGCGUUUGAUGAGGAUGCUCUUCUUCAGCAAAAUUGUGGAGGCCAUCCGCAUGUUUCGCGAAUGCUUUAAGACCGAGGUUUGCUAA